AGACAAACAGUAAAACAACUAGCGCCCAUUAAAGAAGACGACGUCAACGAACUUUAUGAGAUGGCUCGAUCGUUGGUGGUUCGAUUCGAUGUGCUUUGUGUACUAAUCGGCAGUAUGUUAGCCGUUACGAUUGGCGCAGUAUCCCCACAAAUGGACACAUAUAAAGCUGAAUUGAUGAAGAAAAAGAUGAACAGGACGCGUUCAUUGGACAACAAUCUUGAUAUUGCACCGCAUUCUGAUGUUACAACAAAAUGGGAUUCUGAUGAACAAACAGAAAUGAUACCAGAGAACAAUAAUAGCAAUGAAGACGAGAACGACUUCAACGACUUGGUUGUUCCACUCUCUAGAGGAUCACAACGAAUCAUUGCUCAUCAGAUUCAAGUAGCACCAUCCAAGGUGACCAAAGAAACGAACAAUGACGGUGCUAUUGCGUUGGCCUCGGCCAUUGCGGCUGGCGCUAGUUUCUCAUCGUCGUCUUUGGAAAAUGAUUUCAACAAUGAUUAUGAUGAUGACAGAUCGACGAUUGUUGCUGGUAUGCGGACGUUUGGUGCAGGUGUUAAAUUAUUCAAAAAUGGUUUAGACGAUAAUGUGAUGAGGAUGCGAAGGCAUAUACGAACUGCUGACUAACUCAUCGAUCGAAUACAAUUGUAAAUGUAUUCAUAAGCUCCGGGACACAGUACAACAACAGCAAAAACAAAAUACAUGCGAUGAAAUCAACCAUUAAAUUGUAUUCAUGCCCAUAUUCACUGUCAUUUAUUGUUACCGUUAUCAUUGUUGUAUUGUGAUGCGUGAUCUAAUGUGAUGAGUAUAAGCACCCGAUGUUUAUAAGCAUUCAUCCGUUUACAUUUUCUUUCAUUUCAUCUUCAUUUUUUAAUGCUUCACUACUUUCAUCAAUUCAUCGUUGACUGUUUUCAUAAAGCCUUAACACC